AUGUCUUCUUCGGUGCCACCCACUAUAGAAGAGGUGAAGGAAUGGUGUAUUGAGUGGGCAACAGAGUCGGGACACAAAAGCAGUUUCGCGUUACAUCUCCAUCCCGAAUAUCUAACCAACUUAUGCAUGCUAGACUCUGAGUUGGUCGAAGAGAUGGAUCUGCAAAUGCCAACGGCUAUUGGCCUUGAUAUGGAGACAGCUCUUAAUGAUACAGUUGAGCGAUCGAAGAAAGCCCUUUAUCCAGGGGAAAUGAGUGAGUCGCUGCUGGAAAACCUGAAUCCAGAGGUAAUAGAGAUGAAGAACAAGGUGGAGAAAUUACUAGACGAGGAGCUGGAGUCGUAUAACACAGGAGAACUGGGCAAAAAUAUGAGUUUCCUGGACAAAGCUGGCGCUAUUGCACGAGAACGCGCAAUAACCCGCUUCAUGGGCGCAUCGCCGUCUAGAGCCAAAGAACAUAAACAUGACAAAUUCCAAGUUUGUCUCAAAAGACUUAUUGGUGGCCACGGCGGCAGUUGUAGUACAGAGGACUUGGCAUUUGGAUAUAACGCUCCCUUUGACGAGUUUCUUAGAGUUCUCCAAGAAGCAACGGUAUUGUGCACGAUUCCCCCAGUCGACUUCACCCUAGAGCCUGUCGAGAUCCAGGAAUCUACGCAACCUACUUCACACUAUCCCAGCUUCCGAGAUAUCAAUCCACUACCCAAAAGCAGAUUCAGAACCCUUGGUGCUGCAGGGUCAUCUAACCCAGAUCAGCUAUCUUCCGACACAGACGCACUAUCUCCUAAAGCAGAUGAUGGAUUGCCGGAGGUAGAGCAGGAAUAUAAUGGGGCCAUCAACCACACAUGUCAGAGGCGUAGAACACGAAGCCAGCGGGGCUAUACCUUAGACGAUGGGCCGUGGAUCCAUCGCAUCAUCAACAAACCCCAGGCUGGCCAGUCUAGCCAACAAAACCCUCCUCGGGAGUUUCCCAAAUCCGAUAUCAAGGAUGAUAAGGAUUAUUCGAAGAUGUUAGAAACUCUCAAAGAAGCGAACAAGCAGGAGGGAGAAGAAUAUAUUCUUAGCAUCAUGCAUUCCCAAGAAUAUGAUAUUCAAACUAAAUGGCAGAAUAAGGAAAAGCAAGAAGAGCUUGAAGACCAAUUGGAGAGGGAGAAGUGGCGAGAAGAGAAUGGCAUAGAAGAAGGAGAUGAUGAUGAUUUGGGAGAGCCAUGGAUGCGCUGGUGGAUCAGGACUACGGGGUGUGGGGGAUCCCUUUGA